GCAAACAACACACAGUUCAAACUUUUACAAAAAACCAUCACUUCCAUUCAUCUUCAAUCUUCAAAAUGAAUCAUUUUUAAUUAAAGAAAACACUCAUGGUAGCACUAAAACCCCUCUUAAUUCUUAAAAAAACUAUCUUUUUUGCACCCCACAUGCCCAAAAAAUAGUUACUAUAUAUAGUGAAGAGAAUUCUAAAUAUAGCUUAGCUAUGGAGGUUGCUGGAAGAAACUUGCUUUCUUCACCACCAACUUUUUCUCAGAAAACCCAACUUAGAAAUUGCUCUUCUUCAGUUCUAAUGCUUCAUGAGCAUGCUGCUCCUGCGCUUACUUCAGUGCCACAUGCGUAUUUGACUCGACAUGUUCCUGCAUCAGUUAUCAAUCCGGAGCAUCAGUUCGAGAAUCGGCUCCAAUUGCACCCAAUAAAAGAAGAGAAAACAUCCCUGGUGGCUCUGAUUUUCUUGCUGAAGGCAACAAUAGAUAGGAGGCUUGUGGAAGCUGCAUCUUCAGCAAUAGAAGAGAAUGACACUGUUGAUUCGGAGCAAAAUAUAAAUGAUUUGCAAUUGCGUCUACUUCGUUGGCCUGGUCUAUCAUACACAUUUCCCUCGUUUCAUCUGAAGGAGAAAGGACCGCUAUCUCUGGAUACGAAAUCUCUUCAAAGUAAAGAAGAUAAAUUAAAGAACUUUGAACCACACAACGUGGUUGCUCUUGCCAGAGAGGCUUUGUUGGCAUCACGAGAAGCAGCUUUAUUAGCAGAAGACUCCAAAUUACUUGAGACUAACUUUGAUGACUCUAAUUUUCCAAAUUUCCUGUCCACAAAUUUGAGUGAUGAUAAACUGAAAGAGCAAAGAACAGUGAGGUCAACGCGUCUUAUAGAGAGGCAGUCUAGGAAAAGGGGAGCUCCAAAGCCAACACAUCAAGUUCCGGAGAUAAAUCGUCCAGGCAGGCCGGAUGUACGGAGAAAAGUCAACGAAUCUAUUGAUCUAAAUGAUCCUCUUCGAAUGUUCCUAUGGGGUCCCGAAACUAAACAACUUUUAACCGUCAAAGAGGAGGCUGAAUUGAUUGUCAAGAUACAGAUUUCCAUGAAAUUACAUGAAGUGAAGAAUCAGCUUCAGAUUCAGUUUGCUCGUGAACCAACAUUGAUUGAGUGGGCUGAAGCUGCAGGGCUCACUUCUCGAGAAUUGCAAUCACAACUUCGUUUUGGCAAGAGUAGCCGUGAGAAAUUAAUUAAUGCCAAUUUGCGAAUGGUGGUUCAUAUUGCUAAGCAAUAUCAAGGACGUGGUCUCAGCCUUCAGGAUCUAUUGCAGGAGGGAAGCAUGGGACUUAUGAAAAGUGUCGAGAAGUUCAAGCCUCAAGCUGGUUGCCGAUUUCCCACCUAUGCGUACUGGUGGAUAAGGCAAAGUGUUAGGAAGGCCAUAUUUCAACAUUCUAGGACAAUCCGUUUGCCCGAAAAUGUGUAUGCGCUUCUCUCUAAGGUAAAAGACGCCAAAAAGUUAUGCAUUCAGCAAGGUAAUCAUCAUCCGACCAAAGAAGACAUUGCUUCAUGUGCUGGAAUUAGUGUGGAAAGGUUGCAGAGUUUGCUUUCAAGUGUUAGAACACCGCUUUCAAUGCAACAGUCAGUAUGGUCCGAUCAAGAUACUACUUUCCAGGAAAUUACUGCUGACAAUGCAGUGGAAGCACCAGAACUGAGUGUUUCAAAGCAACUUAUGAGGCGACACAUACGUGGCCUCUUAAAUGUCCUGAGUCCAAAGGAGAGGAAAAUAAUCCGACUUAGAUUUGGCAUUGGAGAUGGUAAACGGAAUUCACUCUCCGAAAUAGGCGCUGUUUUUGGACUGUCAAAGGAACGAGUUCGACAGCUAGAGAGCCGGGCACUAUACAAGCUAAAGCAGAAUCUUAGCAGCCACGGUCUCGAUGCCUAUUCCGAUUUGCUCUUUUAGAUCAGAGUCUCUUCAAUUUACAUAGCGAGAUUCGAGGUGGAGGCUUAAAAAUCAGCAGUACAUACAAGUUGUUCACAUCCUUGUAAGUAUGGGGCAAAUGUUUAGCUGCUUUUAGUUUGCUUUACAAACACUUGUGAACAUGUUAUCCCUUUUUAUUUUGUAAGUAUCAAGUUGUAAAUCUUUUCUUUCAUCACCCUGACAUUUAUCCAAAUGGAAAUUUUUCGAAAAGCUACAUAUAUAAGCUAUAAUGUUCUCUUCUA